CUGGAACCAGGCACCGACCCGGACUGUCCCGGGACUGAACCGGACUCAGGUUUAAUUUACCUCAUGAGUUUGUGUCUGUGGAAAUGAUCAGCUCCAUCAGUUUCAUCGUCGUCGUCCGUCCCUGAAGCGGCGUUCUGUCUGAUAUUUGGCGUCACACUGGAAUAACUCCUCGCUCGGCCCCGGGGCCCUCAGGAGACAUGCUCGCCGCGAUGCUUCGGCAGAGUUCCGGCGGUGGGUCUGUAGGGGGCGGCACCGGCGGCGGGGCCAAAGUCACCGUGGGAAUGUCCAGGCUUUCCAGCUCCAGCCUGGGCUCCUCCGGCUCCGGGAACGCGGGGCCGUACGUGUCCGGACGGGGGAAGAGCGGGUCGGUCGGUACGGAGAGUCCGGACUCCGGCGCCGUGUCUGACCCUCAUUACAUCAUGCAGCUGGUCAGCGACGUGCGCAAGUUUGCAGACGUCCUUCUGCAACUCAAAGAAGUGUUCAACUCUAAAGAGCAUCAGGACACUCUGCAUCACGCCGUCCACGAGCGUCUGGGGCAGCUCCUCAGGGUCCUAAAGACCAUCAUCAACAAACACCAGAGUCUGAACUCUGUGGACAUCCUGAGCACAGCGGGGACGGUCAUCGCGUCGGUCAAAGGAGUGAACUUCAAGGAGGUGAACGAGGAGAACAAGCAGAAGCUGUUUGGAGAAAUUUACACAGCCAUCGACACUUUGGCCUUCACCUUUGGCAAUGUUGUGUCCGACUUCCUUAUGGGAGAUGUAGAGAAUGGAUCAGUUCUGGGGCUGCCCCUGACUAAAAGAAGCAGAUCUUUUGAAAACCUGUCUGUGGAAUCUGGAGUGUCGAGUCCAGAGAAAGACGAUCCUCCAGGACCGUCUCCGGUUCGACCUGAGGACGUGGACCAGACGCUGCAGAGACAGGACGGCGGCGUGGAGUCUGCGCUGCUCUACGCCAAAGGAUGGUCCAAGUACACGAAGGACCUGCUGACCUGGGUCGAGAAGAGGCUGAGUGUGGACAUAGAAUGUGCAAAGAGCUACGCCAAAAUGGCCGACUCUGCCAAGGCGCUCGCGAGUCAACAGGAUUUCAUGGCGUUUCGUGAGAUUUACACCGCGGCCUUCAAAAACGACUCCGAGUACAGUCAGCUGGUGCUGCAGACGGCGACGCUGCUUCAAACGCACAAGUUCAUCCAGCCUCUCGUGGCUCGAAAGAACGAGCUCGACAAACUACGGAAAGAAGUGAAAGAGCAAUGGCAGAGGGAGCUCAAGAAAAUGAACGAGGCGGACGGCGCUCUGAAGAAGGCGAGGCUGCUGCAGGCUCAGCGCCAGGAGGAAUAUGAAAAGGCCAAAGUGUCGACGAGUCGUUUGGAGGAAGAGCAGGGAGCGACAAAACAACUGGAGAAGAGACGAAGACUCGAGGACGAGGCUCUGCAGAAGGCUGAAGAGGCUCGGGAGCAGCUCAAACUCUGUCAGCUCGAUGUCGGAGUGAAGAGAGUGGAUCUGGCCAACGCCAAAAGUUUCAUCGUCGCCCAACUGCGAGAGAUGAUCUCCCAGUGUGACCUGACGCUCAAAGCUGUGACAGUGAACUGGUUCCAGCUGCAGCAGGCGCAGGUCGUGUCUCUCCCCGUCAAUCACCAGAGUCUGUGCGAAAACGCCAAACUGUACGAGCCCGGACAGCGAUACAUCGACUUUGUGAGGAGUUUACCCACGGACGGCCCUCGACUCGAGGCCCACUCCUCUGAGUCGACAAGCUCCCAGAGCACAGGUGUAACUUUCACAAAGCGCUCGCUCAGCGGGAGCCACUCGUCCCACAGUCACCUGUCCCAGACGUCCAUCACCUCUGACAUCAUCGGUCCAGACGACGCCCCCGCCAACGUGGACCCCCCCACCGACGUGGACCCCCCCGCCAGCGGCCACGCCAAGAUCGCCGAGAGGAGGUCCAACGGCAGCGCCGACAUCCAAGCUCUUCGGAUCCAGACGCCUUUUCGCCCCUGGACCUCGACCAAUCAGGGCGGAGGGAUGUGCAGCGACUCCGAAAGCGCCGGAGGCAGCAGCGAGUCUCGGUCGAUGGACUCGCCAACCGCCAGCCCAGGAGACUUCAAGAGGAGAUUACCCAGAACCCCCUCGACCGGGACGAUGUCAUCGGCCGAUGACCUGGACGAGAGAGAGCCGCCGUCUCCGUCUGACAAUGGUCUGUCUGAUGUCCUCAUGGAGACGGCCAGUUCUCCGGGCCCCUUUAGAAACGCUCAGAUGUCCAAAGCGUCUCAAACUCACCGUCUCCGAAAGCUCCGCGCUCCGUCCAAGUGUCGGGAGUGUGACGGGCUGGUCGUGUUUCACGGGGCAGAGUGCGAGGAGUGCUCGUUGGCGUGUCAUAAAAAGUGUCUGGAGACUUUGGCGAUUCAGUGCGGACACAAGAAGCUCCAGGGACGACUUCACCUUUUUGGGAUCGACUUCACACAAGCCGCGAAAAACAGCCCCGACGGCGUUCCCUUCAUUAUUAAGAAAUGCACGUCCGAGAUCGAGAACAGAGCUCUGAAUCUAAAGGGCAUUUAUCGGGUGAACGGCGCCAAGUCCCGAGUGGAGAAGCUGUGCCAGGCCUUUGAAAACGGAAAAGACCUGGUGGAACUUUCAGAGCUGUAUCCACACGACAUCAGCAACGUCCUCAAACUGUACCUCAGACAGCUUCCCGAGCCGCUCAUCCUGUUUCGUUACUAUAACGACUUCAUCGGUUUGGCCAAAGAGAGUCAGAGGAUCAUCGUGGAGGAGCUGGAGGCGCUGAGGCUCAGCCCCGCCCCCGUGACUCCGCCCCCCCUCAGCGUGGAGCUUAACAGAGUCCUCUUCAAAAUAAAAGACCUGCUCAGACAACUGCCCCCCACGCACUACAAGACCCUGCAGUUUCUGAUCGAACAUCUGCACCGAGUCACAGAGAAGUCAGAAGAAAACAAAAUGACGGCCAGUAAUCUGGGCAUCAUCUUUGGUCCGACGCUGGUCAAACCGCGGCAGGCGGACGCAGACGUGUCCCUGUCGUCUCUGGUGGAUUAUCCGUACCAGGCUCUGAUCGUGGAGAUCCUCAUCAGACACUGUCACAUGGUGUUUGACCCGCCCCUCAGCCCCGCCCUCAGCCCCGCCCUCAGACCGGCCCUGGACACGAAGGGACGAGACAAAGUCCAGCAGCUCAGCCGACACUCAAAGUCUAUGGGAGACAUCAAGGAGCAGAGCUCCAGAGUUUAUAAGAGACAGUCGUCCGCCACUGCGUCCCAGCUGCUGGCUGAAGUCCAGGAGCGCGUCCCGAGCCUCGAUGGGAGUGACUUUGAACCAGCUGAUGAGGUGGAUUCGUUCAACGGCGUCCUUUCCUCCAGCGUUCCCGAUGUUCCCAGAGUUCCUGGCCUCUCCCGCUCCCAUCACGUCACUGUCACGAGGGUCCAGCUCCGCCACCAGCGACAAAAGCUCUCGUCUGGGAUUUUGGCUCGUCCCGUUAGCAUGCCCGUUAGCAUGUCCAUCGAGCGGACUCUCCCAGACGAGUCCGUGGAGGAGCCCAGCUGCAGCCAGUCCAUCGAAGAAGUCGAUGAAACUGAAAGUUCUCAGGUCCGGAGCUCUGCGUCGUCGCAUUACCGAAGGACGUUUAUCGAUACUCAGACUUUACGAAGAACUUGGGACAAACAGUACAAACACCACGAUGUUUCCACGCGGACUCUUAAAAUCGUUGCUACGGAAACCACAGAAGAACAAAAGCAGGAUUCUUCACAAACUGUUGGGAUUAUUUACCCGAGUCGACCGUAUUCUAUCCCAGUUCGAUCCAGUCGGAGCUUAAAACGAGAGGAAAACGUGAAAGGAAGUCCCGGUGGAUUCAGGGCACCCAGGACUUUACAGCCUCCACCCGGAACUUUUUACAAUCCUCCAUCUGUGACCAAGGUGCUGCAGAAAUUCAACUCUACGAACAGUGCAGAGGACGAAGACGAGGAUGACGACGAGGAGGAGGAAGAGUUAGGUCUGGAGAUCGAGGUGUCUGUGGACGAGCCGCUCGAGGAGGAGGAGGAGGAGGACACUGAGGGGGAGCGGCCGGCCUCCUCAGACUCCCUGAGUCCGAGUCCAGAGGAACCAAACCAGAACAAACCGGUUUAUCCACAACUCAGGACGAGAAGGUUACAGGAAGUGGAGCGCAGAGAGGCGCAUUUUGUGUGAAACGAGACGACGUUUGAGGAUGUUUCGCCCAUGAAGCUGGAAUUUAUAUUUCUCCUUAAAACAAAACUAAAAAUGUCCCAAUUAAACUUUUUCCAUUUUACGCUGAAGAGAAUUUUACAGUUUUCUUUAAUAGUUUUGAAACGUUAAAGUAUCAGUAAUGACAUAUUGACCACAUGUUGACCACAGACUGACCACAGACUGACCACAUGUCGACCACAGACUGACCACAGACUGACCACAUGUCGACCACAGACUGACCACAGACUGACCACAGACUGACCACAUAUUGACCACAUAUUGACCACAUAUUGACCACAGACUGACCACAUGUCGACCACAGACUGACCACAUGUCGACCACAGACUGACCACAGACUGACCACAUGUCGACCACAGACUGACCACAGACUGACCACAGACUGACCACAGACUGACCACAGACUGACCACAUGUUGACCACAGACUGACCACAUGUCGACCACAGACUGACCACAUGUCGACCACAGACUGACCACAUGUUGACCACAGACUGACCACAUGUCGACCACAGACUGACCACAUGUCGACCACAGACUGACCACAUAUUGACCACAUCCUUUUGUCCCAGAUAAAUCCAGUUUAUGCUGAACCUGUUUCGUCUCGUUUAGAGAGCCGUGAUUCCGGCGUUGUGGGCGGGGCCAUCUCAUGCUGAUCCUGAGGGUGGAGUCAGACACUGUGGGCAUCGUUUAUGUAAAUAUUUUAUCUUUGGUUCUGGAGACGAGAUGCACUUAUUAUUAUUAUUAUUAUUAUUAUUAUUAUUCAGACGAUAUUUUCACGUGUUUCCGUGGUUACGCGGCUCUGCCUGACCCACUGUGGAACAUUUAUAAUCCUCUUUUUAAAGUGCAAUGACUGUUAUUGUGUAAAACUUCACUGGUUUGUGAUAUUUUGUUCAUUUACCAAAAAGUUUGAAUCACCAGACUCGUGUGUAGCUAACGAUGGAAAGGAUCAGAUCUGCACUUACCUGCCGAGUGUUUUUACCUGUUACACCUGGAUGACAUCAUCACUGGACUAAAGGCGUUUGUGGAGAAACAAACGAAAGGCAUUACAUAAAGUUCAUUUAUAUUUUUAUAUUGUUGUAAAUCAGAUCAAACUGAACUCGUUUUGUGAAAAUAUUGACGUCUUUUUCAUUUGGACACA